UUUUAUUUUCAGUUACUUUUUUCACAUUUCCUGCUGUUAGUUUUGAUUCCUGUUACCAGCAGGUGCUACAGAUUGUGACUCACCCGGUCUGUAUAACUGACGAUCUUCCUCUUUAUAAAUUUUGACUCUUCUCUGUGGUCAUGGUUUAGUUUCUGUCUGUAGAAUAGUUUUUUUCUGCAUGUAGGGGCUCUUAUUUAGUCAAUUUAAUUUCCUCCUUUUCUUCUUCCCUUCAACAAAGUUAAUGAGUGAGUUCACCUUUUGCUUUCUCCCUUUAUCCUUCUGUCUUGCUGAGGUUUCUCUACAUUCAGGCUCUCACUCAUCACUAGACUAAUCAGAAGCAGAACUGGUCUUCAUUUUUCUAACAUGCCAGGCCAUGCAGAGAACUUUAAAGGGUUAGCAUUAAAAAUAUCUUUAAAUGAAUGUUUUGAAUGAAUAUACACAAUGAUCUAUUGAAUAAAACAACCCACAUGUAAACGGAUAGCAAACAUAUAAAUUCAAAUGUUCCUGCUAUGUGUCUGUCUUCUAAGCUUUGCUAAUAUUUUAGACAUUUUCUCCUGAUUUUUACUGAGAUUCUCUUCCUUUAUUCAAUUCCAGUCUCUGUGUGACUAAACUAAAAUAAGUUCUUCAUCUCAAUUAAACACAUUGGUUUCUCUCACUUAUAAAUUGAAACUGGCUUAUCUUGUCCACUCACAGACUCAGAUCUAAAGUUUGUCUACCGAUUUAUUCCAAUGGUCAAUCUGAUAUGCACAAUAUUUAUCUAUGAAAAUUACUAACUUUGAGCUGAUAUUUUUUUUCUUUAUUCAUUUAUGUGGAUUUUUUUUCCCUUCAAGGUGCCCAUUUUUGAACAUGUCUCUCACUUCUAGGACCACCCUUAAGUCUAAAAGUCCAGAGAUAAGACAGAGGAAUGAAAAAUGUUCUGAAGAAUCUAAUCUGCUGAUAUUUUUGCUUUACCACCUCUUGAUAUAUGAACAGAUCAGGUUGUUUAAAGAAAUAAUAAGAAAUAUUUUUUUUUCAUUGAACCUUAGUUUUAAAUUGCCACACCAACAUAUACAAUUCCCAAGCUUCUCCUUUGGUUUUUGGUUUUCGGGUCCCCCCCAAACCCCUUCUGACCACCCCUUAAAAACUUUGUGGAUGUGCUCCUGCUCAAGAAGACUCGGGAAGCUAAAAUCGGUAAUUAAUAGCCUGAUUCCCUGUAAGCUUCCAUGGUCGAUCAGUCACAGAUCAGCGUGCAUCAGUCCCUUUGCUAUUUCUGAUUAAGUUGCUGUGCAUCCCGUCACGCCGCCAGGAGUUGUGCGCAGCUCCCCGGACGUGCUCGCGUCGCGCCGCGCCGCUCCGCGCCGCGCCUCCCCCUCUUCUCCUCCCGUUCUCCCUCCCUCCAAAGGUUACCGGGGAGUCGCGCUCCGUGCCCGUUAUUUACCGUCCCGAAGUUGAAGCGGAACCUGACGCAGAUCGGCUGAUGGAGGUUCUCUGCUGGGCGUGCAGCUCCUCUCUCCAUCCUUCCACCCUGCAGGUGAAUCGUUCCUCACAUGUUCGUCUCUGCGCUGCUGCGCUCUUCUUCGCCCGGGCUUCGUCUUCAUCCAAAGUCAUGUCCCCCCUGACGCUCAGAUGUUGGUGAAAGGACGCGCAUGCGUUGAUUUAUUUUGGAAUACUAAUUUUGCCUCCUAAGUUGCGUCCCUGCGAGUAUCCGAUGUGGAAGCCGCUGGCAGCAUCAGAGUUGCCAGCAAUGUGGAUUACAGUCUGCAGCGUGUCUCUGCUCAUCACUGUGGUCUGCGGUGCGCAAAGCGCAAACGAACCCAGCAACAUGUCCUACGUAAAAGCGACUGUUGACAAGUUGCUGAAGGGCUAUGACAUCCGUCUGCGGCCUGAUUUUGGAGGAGCUCCGGUGGAUGUGGGGAUGAGAAUAGACAUCGCCAGCAUUGACAUGGUGUCUGAAGUCAACAUGGACUACACCAUCACCAUGUAUUUCCAGCAGUCUUGGAGAGAUAAGCGGCUGUCCUAUACAGGCAUUCCCCUAAACCUGACCCUGGACAACCGGGUGGCUGACCAGCUCUGGGUUCCUGACACCUACUUUAUUAAUGACAAGAAGUCUUUUGUCCAUGGGGUGACUGUCAAGAACAGGAUGAUCCGACUACACCCUGACGGAACUGUGCUUUACGGCCUCAGGAUCACCACGACAGCCGCUUGCAUGAUGGACCUUCGCAGAUACCCGCUGGAUGAGCAGAACUGCACCUUGGAGAUCGAGAGCUAUGGAUACACCACAGACGACAUUGAGUUUUACUGGCAGGGAGGAAGCAAUGCGGGGUCAGUCACUGGAGUGGAGAACAUUGAGCUGCCUCAGUUUUCCAUCAUUGAUUACCAAACCCUGUCCAAGAAAGCUGUGUUUGCCACAGGUUCGUAUCCACGACUGUCACUGAGUUUUAAACUCAAGAGGAAUAUUGGCUAUUUUAUUCUGCAGACUUACAUGCCAUCCAUCCUGAUCACCAUCUUGUCCUGGGUCUCCUUCUGGAUAAAUUACGAUGCGUCGGCUGCCAGAGUGGCUUUAGGUAUAACCACGGUGCUGACCAUGACCACCAUUAACACCCACCUGAGGGAGACCCUGCCAAAGAUCCCCUACGUCAAGGCCAUUGACAUUUAUCUCAUGGGCUGCUUUGUCUUUGUGUUUCUGGCCCUGCUGGAGUAUGCCUUUGUUAACUACAUCUUUUUUGGCCGUGGUCCUCACCUACAGAAGAAAGCAGCGGAAAAGGCUGCUAAGUCCAACAAUGAGAAUAAGGGUCGACUGGAGAGCAGUAAAGUGCAGGUCGACGCUCAUGGCAACAUCCUUCUGACGAACCUCCCCACUGAGAUGGGGGGACCGGAUAUGAUGGGCGCCCUCAACGAUCCUCGGGCCACCAUGUUCUCCUACGACAGUGCCAGCAUACAGUACCGCAAGCCCAUGACGAGCCGGGACCUGUAUGGACGGCCAGCCCUCGACCGGCCAAUUGGACACAAGAAAAGCCGCCUGCGGAGGAGAGCCUCACAGCUGAAAGUCAAGAUCCCGGAUCUCACAGACGUCAAUGCCAUAGACAAGUGGUCCCGGGUCGUCUUCCCGAUCACAUUCACCUUCUUCAACUUGGUCUACUGGCUGUAUUACGUCCACUAGGGCAGCGGUUGUGAGCAUGAGCGGUAGAUGAUGGGUACUUUUUUUGUUGUUUGUUUCUCAAGGGAAGCUCAAUCCUGUACAGUAAUGAAAGUAGAAGAGUUCAGCCCAUUUGUACAAAUCCUCUUUUGGAACGAGUAGUUCUAGUCUUUACAGUGUAAAUACAAUUUAAUAUAUGAAAUAUAUAAAUGGAUAUAUAUAAAGACAGAGAUAUAAUUUAUUUAAAAAAAUUCAAUUUUGCUGUGUACAUACAGUUAGUUAUAGAGAAAGAAGUAGUGGUGAAUUAAAGACAGUAAAGUUUUGGUAUUUACAGGUUCAAAUAUGCCAAAAACACAAUGGUGGCUUUUGUUUGUCUUCUUUUCUUUUAGCCCUCCUUUGCAUGUUAAUAGAAGUCAACUUUUGUUUGCUUCCAAUGCAAAAAACAAAAUAGAAACCGAACAAAAACACAAGGUAACUCAAACAGAAUUAAACUUGAGCUGAGUAAGGUUAUUGUGGAAAAAAAGGGACAAAACAUAAGACUGAUGCAGAGAUUAAACUCUCCAUCCAUCCUUGCAUACUUACUACAUCCAUACAUCUGUAUAGGUAACCAACCAAUCCAUCAAUCCCUCUCUCUCCUUGCAAAAUCAAAGUGUGGUCAAGUCAGAAGGAAUACAUAAUCCUUUCACUUCUGUUUCUGCCUCCAAGACUCCUCCCAGUAUGCUAUACCUGGAAAGUCUUCCAGCCGAGGCCUCCUGAUCAGAAGAUCUUAUCCUUUAGGACAUGAUCUCUAACUAAUGAUCAAAGGUGAAGGUGGGAAGGUGGACCAGUAAAUCCAGAGCUUAGACUGAAGCCCAGCUCAGUUUGGUCUUCACCAUGAUAGACAGCAACAACACCUUCAUUACUACAGGCAAAAUCUAAUCCAUCUAUUCAUUUCCUGCUCCAUCUUGCCAUCAUCUGGGACAAAGCACCAAUGUACUUCCUGUAUUCCUAGACCCAGGAUCACUGGAGUACCCAGGUCCCUCCAUAACAUUAAAGUGGUUCUGCUGAAGGAA